CAAAGAACCGCCAGCCGAUUCUCCAGCGCGAUCGAACUAUUCCCCAGCUUCCAACGUUUCUUCACCACCACCACCACCACUCAUUCCUCAAUCUCCUCUCCUCUUCGCAACCCCUUCUUCCACCAUGGCGGCCGCGAUCAAGGCGAUCAAUGCGAAGAUCCGUUCCAACAAAGUCCUCGACUAUGUCUGCUCAACACAUUUCUGGGGCCCUGUCUCCAACUUCGGUAUCCCCAUCGCAGCGGUGAUGGACACGCAGAAGGAUCCUGAGAUCAUCUCCGGAACAAUGACAGGUGCCCUGGUCAUCUACUCUGCUACUUUCGCCCGCUACGCUCUCGCCGUCACCCCUAAGAACUACCUCCUCUUCGCUUGUCACGCCGUCAACUUCAGCGCGCAGGUCACGCAGGGAUACCGGUAUUUGAACUACUGGAACUGGGGUGGUCGGGAAAAGGCUCUCGCCGCUAAGGGCGCCGAGGCCGGCAAGACUGCUGCGGAAACAGGUGCAUAGAGAGCUUCUAUAGAUGGGGCGGUCUAGUUCCGUUCCGUUUGCUAUACUAUCUUGUCACUGAUCUAUUGACGCAUAUCAUUUGCGCUGUUCGUUUUGUUUGUCUUUCAUUGAACUUGUAAAUAGUAGUACCACAUGCAUCGAAUAAAAUGGUCACGGUCUGGGAUGUGCGAUUUGCGAGUCAUCGUAUCUGUGUGGAUAUAUCAUAGUACUGUGAUAGUCUUCAGUCCGCAUUUCCUAAUAAGUAUAGGUCAUUAUUCAAGUGAGGUCCAAGCAAUAUAUCUGAAUAGAUCUAUCCGAUCUUCAUGUUCGGUGUAUCAAUGCAAGAGCGAAUCUAUCAAACUAGCCAAAGCAAAAACCAACUGCUG